CUUUCCUUCCGAAGACGACGCGGGCGCGGGUGCUGCGGGGCCGCGCUCCUCCCGCUCCUGCUCCUGACUCACCGCUGUUCGCUCUCGCCGAGGAACAAGUCGGUCAGGAAGCCGCGCCGCAGCUAUGGCUUUUAAAGACACCGGCAAGACGCCCGUGGAGCCGGAGGUGGCCAUCCACCGGAUCCGGAUCACGCUCACCAGCCGCAACGUGAAGUCUCUGGAGAAAGGUGAUGUGCGCGGACCUGAUCAGAGGCGCGAAGGAAAAGAAUCUCAAAGUGAAAGGACCCGUUCGCAUGCCUACCAAGACUUUGAGAAUCACCACCAGGAAAACGCCCUGUGGCGAAGGUUCCAAGACCUGGGAUCGCUUCCAGAUGAGAAUCCACAAGCGGCUCAUCGACUUGCACAGUCCCUCCGAGAUUGUCAAGCAGAUCACGUCCAUCAGUAUCGAGCCGGGAGUUGAGGUUGAAGUCACCAUUGCUGAUGCCUGAGUCAAGUAUUUUAAUAAAUUGAUGCCACUUGUUACCUUUGGUUGGCUUUUAUUCAGAAAAGUCGUAAGAUUGGGGCAUAUAAAGAUAUGCUGUGAAACUUAUUCCACUUACCAGGUGAGAGGAUCCAAAUUGACGGAUGCCCUGUAGCCUUCUGUUUUCAUCAGUUUACCCUUGCCAUUGAUGACUAAUUUUGUUGUGCUGUGUGGCAAUUUAUAACUUUGGUUGCAUACUCAAAUAUUCUGGUACAGGGCAUAAAACAUUCCUGGGACAAUUUAUUAAGAGUGAGCAAGUCCUAACUUAGGAAAAUGGAGGCCUAAGCUCUUGUUUUGGCUCUGCCAAUCAGUUACUCCUUUUUUUUAGACAUUAGGUUAAACUUGGUAAAUUCCAAAGUGUUGCGUAUUUUACAUACAGUCAGGAAAUACACAUCUUUCAUUAUGAAGCUGUAUUAACUUUAUGACUGGAUAGCAGUUUCAGGUAGGCCAAAUUCCUACUGACACGAUAAUGGGAAGCAUUGUUUAAUUGCUGAGCUCUUCCUUAUGUGAUUUAUUUUUUUGAGUAUGCUGGCGUGGAUGCUGUUUUAGCAUAGAUCUAGUGUAGAAGCUGCCUUUGAGGGCUACGUUUGCCCAGCAUCUAGUGCCUGUUAGUAUAGCUUUUAACAGGUCCAUCAGGCCAGAAUCUGCCCUCUUACGACCCAUUAAAAUGUUUUUGUUAUUAGAAUUUAUCAUCAGAUGUAUAUCUAUCCACAUCUGAUUUAUUAGAGAAACUUCCCAUAAAUAUUACCAAAAAAA